CGGUCCUGGAGUGUGCGUGGCCCCACCACCUGGUGCCCGACAACACCUAGGUACCUACAGUACCUGGUAACUACGGUAAGCUGCAUUGGACCUGACGACUGUGACCCUGCAACAUCACCCUGGACAAUGAACUAAAGACGGUAUCGCCAAUCCCGACUAAAUAUUCAUACCUGCAGCUCGCACGGCUGAUCAAGCUCUUCGCCAGGGCGUUCGCAAGGACCCUUCCUCGUGGCCUUGGAUCUCACGGUUUUUUGCACAUUGCAGACGCUAUAUCAUCGAAUGACAUCCUCCCCCCUUUGCCAUCGCACAUUGAUUUGAGCCGGCGUGGCAGCAGAUAACCCCACAAUGUCCUCACCGCAAACACCUCGACACUCGCGGCAGUCCUCAGCCAUCGAUGCCUUCCCAGACUCCCCAGGAUUUCGACGUUCAUCGAACGGCCCUGCCUCUCCCUAUCGUGGGAGUUUCUCACGACAAGAUACGCACGAUAUGAGUGAACUAGGAGUCAGCGCAACCAGUGGCAACGGCACGGGGAAUUUGGCUGACGAGCUAGCCGAUGCCUUCUCGGAAUCGGAGGAAGAGUAUCACGGAGGAAUAGAGGAUGGGGCAGAUGUCACCGAAGAUGUCUCAAUAAUAAGCUCGAGUCAAGCACAUCAAGUGGCCUCAGAAGGUGGACUUCACAUUCCCACGACGAAAGAUCGCAGCAAUCACAAGAGGAGGGAAAGCGCGUACGAUGGCAGCGAGUAUGGCUCCGAGACCGACCUCGACUCAUCUGGGUUACCCCCGAACUUGGUGGUCAAAAUGGACGCUGUUGAGUCACUUGCACGGCGUGGAAUAGAGAAUUACGGGGGCCCGGCCGAUGACAUCGUCAAGAGAGUCACGGAAUCGCUCCGUGAUCUUGGCUCACAGUCUACCAUUGAGGGGAGCGCUUCAAGGCUCAUUACUGCUCAUUCCGCGUUGACAACACACCUGGCUCAUCAGACUCGGCAGGUCCACAGUCUGAGCCUGCCCAUACUGUCACCAAUGGCUCCACCACCUGAUCCAGAAGCGAUUGAGGAGCUAAUCCCGCUGUUGGCGGCGCUCUCCGAAGAGAUGCCUCGACCUUCGACCGCUGCGUUGGACUCUCUCGCAACCUUGCACUCACAUACUGCCGAGCUCGUCCAGACACUGAAUUAUCUAGCCGAUACUCUUCACAUGUCACGGCAGACUAUAUCAACAGCAGCAAGGCGGCUGAAGUCUGCCAAAGAACUCGUCGCUGAUAUGAGGAGAGAGGAAGAGCUCCGAGAAGAAGGGGAACGAUGGCUCACCAAAGGUAAUUGGGGCGAGCGCUUGCAGAAUAGGGAAUGCGCCGGGGUAUGCGGUGAUGUCGUGGGCGGAUUCGAGGAAGUGUGCAAUGGCUGGCGAGAACGUCUCUUGGCGCAGGCUGAAGCGCAGGCGUGACUCGUCGACGACUCCGGAUCAAAUUUGACUUUGGAAUUCCGAAGCGAUAGUUUUUAAUAUUAAGGGGUGCCUGAACCUGACGCGGUGGAACGAGUCGUACAACACAGGGUACAUUUUUGGUCUGCCAUAUGCCCUUUCAUCGUACUACUACGUAGUAGUCUAACUAAGUAGUACGUAGUUGUAUCCGUAAUCCGUAGACUACUUGUAGGCAAUUGGAUCCACACAUACGAUAACUUGAAUGAAAUGACGUGAUGCAGGCUGUAUGCAUUACCUAUGAUAAAGAAUAACAACUCCCGUCACCAAGAUACAUGGUCUAUGCUUACCUAAGGUAGCUGUGACGCGAUUAUCCAAUGUUUGUUAAUGUUGCUUGUCAUUAUACCAGGUGCUCCAGGUAAGUGGCCUUGCGCCUGUCAAGCAUGGCGGUAAACCUGAAUGUGCUCUACGGCAGUCCGCGCUCCACGCGACGUGUCCGCGUCGAGUUCGUGU